ACUUCCCGGCAUGCACUUUGUAAUAUAAAAAAAUCGCACCCACGUGUUUUCACUCCGCCGUACUUCUUUUUUUUUUGGACAACAUCAAGAGACCUGGACGCUUGCAGGAUGGCCUGUGCUGAAAUUGCACUACUGAGUGUGUCCGAUAAAACCGGACUGCUGGAUUUUGCUAAGCGUUUGGUGUCCGUGGGACUGUCCCUCGUUGCGUCGGGGGGCACCGCCAAAGCUCUUCGUGAUGCAGGACUCUCCGUUAGGGAUGUGUCGGAAUUGACCGGUUUUCCCGAGAUGUUGGGGGGUAGAGUUAAGACUUUGCACCCUGCGGUCCACGGGGGGAUUUUGGCCCGGCACACCCCCUCCGAUAAAGCUGACAUGGAGAACCUCGGCUUCAGUCUGGUCAGGGUGGUUGUGUGUAACCUGUACCCCUUUGUGAAGACCAUCUCUUCCCCGAAUGUGACUGUGGCAGAUGCCGUGGAACAGAUUGACAUUGGUGGCGUGACGCUCCUUCGCGCGGCUGCCAAGAACCACGCUCGAGUGACCAUCGUGUGCGACCCUGGAGACUAUGACCUCGUUGCUACGGAGAUGGAGGCAUGCGACAGCAAGGACACCACACUGGAUACCCGCAAAACCCUGGCGCUGAAGGCCUUCACUCACACCGCCCAGUAUGACGAGGCCAUCUCAGACUACUUCCGCAGGGAGUACAGCGGGGGGGUGUCCCAGCUGCCCCUGCGGUACGGCAUGAACCCCCACCAGGCCCCCGCCCAAAUCUACACCCUGCGCCCCGCCCUUCCCAUCAAAGUGGUGAACGGGUCGCCGGGGUUCAUAAACCUGUGCGACGCCCUGAACGGCUGGCAGCUGGUGAGGGAGCUGAAGCGCGCCCUGGGCAUGCCCGCCGCCACCUCCUUCAAGCACGUGAGCCCGGCAGGUGCCGCUGUUGCUGUUCCGCUGAGUGAGGAGGAGGCUAAAGUCUGCAUGGUGAACGACCUUCUCCAGGACCUCACCCCACUGGCCACCGCUUACGCCAGAGCAAGAGGCGCUGACAGGAUGUCCUCAUUUGGCGACUUCAUCGCCCUGUCUGACGUCUGCGACGUUCCCACCGCCAAGAUCAUCUCCAGAGAGGUCUCCGAUGGGAUCGUCGCCCCGGGUUACGAAGAAGCAGCGCUGAAAAUUCUCUCCAAGAAGAAGAACGGCAACUACUGUGUCCUUCAGAUGGACCCCGAGUACGAGCCUGACGACGCUGAGGUGCGCGUGCUGUUCGGACUGCACCUCAAGCAGAGGAGGAACGGGGCCAUCGUGGACAAGGCCCUCUUCAGCAACGUGGUCACCAAGGGCAAGCUGUCUGAGAAUGCGGUGCGUGACCUCACCGUGGCGACUAUUGCCCUCAAGUACACCCAGUCCAACUCCGUGUGCUACGCCAAGGAUGGUCAGGUCAUUGGCAUCGGGGCGGGACAGCAGUCGCGGAUCCACUGCACCCGAUUGGCUGGAGACAAAGCGGACAACUGGUGGCUCAGGCACCACCCCAGGGUGCUGUCCAUGAAGUUCAGGAGCGGCGUGAAGCGGGCGGAGAUGGCCAACGGCAUCGACCAGUACGUGAGCGGGACGAUCGGAGAGGGCCCGGACCUGGCCGUGUGGAAGGGCCUGUUUGAGGAGGUCCCGGAGCCGCUCUCGGAGACGGAGCGCAGGAACUGGAUCAGCUCCCUGCAGGCCGUGGCCCUCGGCUCCGACGCCUUCUUCCCCUUCAGAGACAACGUGGACCGAGCCAAACGGAGCGGGGUGGAGUACAUCGCCACGCCCGCGGGGUCCACUGCCGACCAGGUGGUCAUCGACGCCUGCAACGAGCUGGGCAUCAGCCUGGCGCACACCAGCCUGCGCCUCUUCCACCACUGAGGAGGUCCGUUCCCUACGGCACGGCGCCAACCCUAAAUCUCCUGUUGCCGUUGGCGACGCCCACGCUCAUUCCGCGCUUGAGCACUUCCACACGCGUGCGCUCCUCUGCGUCGUUCGCCGUGCGCUCCGAGCAUUCCUUCCCUACUGGAAACCGCUACUGUUUUUCUAAGGUUCCUCCAUGAGAUGAGGAAAAUAAAUGGGUUUGGAUAUAA